CUCACUGCCGCUAUCGUCUUUAUCUGCGGUAGAUUACAUUUACCUUGUUUCGUCCUUUCAGACGAUCUACUGUUGGCUACAAGGAGAGGAAAAACACGGGUCAAAGAAAGGCUCUAAAUUGACAAACAAGUGUGCAGUAGAGUGAAAUAAUUGUCGCACUGUUGAAACUGCUUAAUAUUUUAUGCUAUUUAAGUAGACCCUUGCUUCCUUCACUGUUCGAUACGGUUAGUUAUUUACCUGUAAGCAGGUAAAAUACUAUAUCCCGCAUCAACUGACAGGCUGCCACGGUAAGGAGGCCACUACAGGUUAUGACCACAAUGAAGGUCUUACUAUUGUUCUGCCUACUUGCACAGCUCUAUACUGCCGUAAAUUGCAAGAGCUUAAAAACAGUUAAGCACAACGCUGGUCAUGGUGGAAGGAAGUCGGUCGUGAUUCAUUCUGUGAAUCCCGUGCAAAGAUCCGCCUGGGAAUGUCACCCUGGAUGCAAGCGUUUCUGUCUCUCAUCUUGCAAGAGAAGCUGUUGUGCCCCUGGGGCUCCCAACUACAGUCCAGCCAUGUUCCCCCAGUUGGUGAACUACCAAGCCUCCCUUCCCCCGCCACCUCCUCCCCCACCAGCGUGCCCCGCCGGAUGUCCCUCCACUUGUUAUCCUAACUGUGAUUCCGGAUGUUGCUUCCAAGCAAACCAGCCAGUGUUCCCUCAGUAUUCUAACCCUUACGAUGUUGGAUACACCGGCUAUCCCGCCGGGGAUCCCUGUGCUGCUAUGAGUUGCUCCGCCGCUUGUGCCCCCCAGUGCAAGCCAGACUGUUGUCGUUCUCAAGCCUUAAACCUCAGCAUUCGGCCAGUGUAUCUUGGAGGAAUGAAUGCACCCCCUAAGGCACCCAAGCCACCCCCACCUAAGCCACCACCACCUCCAAAACCGUCGGUGAAAACCCAUCAUAAAAAGAAGGCAAUGCACGCGAAGCCGCAAAUGGGUAACGUGUGUGUCCCGCAGUGCCAGAAGCUCUGUAAGCCAAUAUGCAGAUUCGAUUGCUGUUUGGCUACACAUAAAUUCCACAAGAAGCAAUCGGAUCACAAACCUUCUUCCUCCAAGCCACAGGAGCCUCCUAAACCCAUGGUACAUCAUGACAUUACACCCGUCGCCUCGCCCCAGAGGGUACCCGUCCCCAAACUAUUCGCAUUGGAAAAUCCAUCACAAGGGCCUACACAGGAUGCCCAGCAGCAGUCACCUCAGCCGUCACCUUAUGAGGGUUUUCCGUAUCAGGAAGCUGUAGCUCCUGUGGCACCCACAACAGGAAUCACUUGUCCAGGAUCGUGUCCUUUGGCCUGCGCUCCUUCGUGUCAGUGGUCAUGUUGUUCCUCAUUCCAAGCACAGCCUGCUCAGGUGGCUCCUCAAGCUUUCCCUUACGGGACUGUGCCAGCCAACCCCUUGGAUGUUUCCCAAGAUUUUAGGGCACCAAGUUCGCCAGGCCUUCGUCCAGCGGAACCCGUAACUGCGCAACAAACCUGUCCAGCGCCGUCUUGCCCAGACACAUGCGCGCCUCUCUGCUCGCGAAGUUGCUGCGCAGGAUUGCCUCUCCUGCCGCUGACUUGGGACAAGAGGGCUACCCUGGGCGGGAGCGUUGCUGAAGUCUACAACGAAGUAAGAAAACUGGAAAUUAAGAAUUUACGGUAUUGCCACGAGAUGCAAAGAAAGCUAUCCUGUAUUUGGACCCUGUGCCUCCUUCCUUCUCUGUUAAUGCAAGGGGAUGGAAACCCAAUUCAUAAAGGAAAAGCUAAUAAGAUUAGAGGUAAAAAGGCUCCAAUGAAAAGGCAAUUUGUUUAUUAUCCUCAAACACCAGCAAUCGUUAGCUACCCGUUUCAGCGGAGCAACGUCGCACACAAACAACGAGUACAAACUGCCAGAAAUAAAAACUGUCGGAGGAGUUGUCAGCACAGAUGCACUCCAGAUUGUGACUUUACCUGCUGUAUACCGGCACCCAUUCCUGUUUUGGCUCCACCACCUACGCCUCGCCUAACUGUUCCUGUCGUAUCGUGUGCCUCAUACUGCCCAAAGACUUGUUAUCCAGACUGCAGCCCUAGCUGCUGUAAGCCAAAGCCAGCUCAUCUGAUAGCUCCACCGAUAUCAACGCCUCCUCGUCCUCCUCCCAUGCCACCAGCCUGUCCAACCAGCUGCCCGACGUCUUGCUAUCCACAGUGUUCACAGUCAUGUUGUCAGCAGUCACCAGCAUAUUCACAACUUUAUCAACCGCUGGCAAUGCCUCCUCCUAUUAGGCAGUGCGCUCAAGUCGGAUGUUCACAAGCUUGUUUUCCCAAAUGUUCUUCUCAGUGUUGUGGUUCUCCCCAGAUUUCCCCUUUCCAAAUGCAGCCACCACCGCCUCCCCUCCUUGCCCCGUCACCCGUGCCUCCGAUAGUUAUUCCACUUCCUCUUCCUGUCCCUCAAUGUCCAGGUACUUGCUCAGCUUCCUGUCUACCGUCUUGCACUCCACAGUGCUGCGCAGGAGCACAGCAACAAUUACAACCUCAAGCACAACCUCCUCCCAUAAUCAUCCUCGAGCCUCCGACCGCUCCACAGCCGUCCACAUGUCCUGCACCUUGCCCAGCAUCGUGCUCCCCUCAGUGUAAUCCAACUUGUUGCUCCCCGUCGACAAAGUUGGCUACCCCUCAGCCACCUCAACCUCCGCCUAAUCCCCCACUACGUCCUCCUCGACCGCUGCAGGCUUCAACAUGCCCUACACCCUGCUCAGCAUCUUGUUAUCCACAAUGCAGCCCAGCUUGUUGCUCCCCAACAGCCAUGCUGGCCCCACCUCCACCUUUAUUGCCAUCUAUCCUACCUGCUCCCUCAGGACAGACAUGCCCAGGAUCGUGUCCCAGUUCAUGUGCACCAAGUUGCAGCACAGCUUGCUGUUGCCAGCCGCGGUAUGACCCUAAAGAUGUCAGAGGCUUGUUUCCACUAGAUUCCUCUCCAGAUUGUCCAGCAACCAACGACUGAUCGAACAUUCGGCGUGAAUUUUGUAUUUUUCACUCAACCUGCAGCUUGUCUGUUGUUUCAAGGUAAUUUAUGACCGUUGGUUUUUAGCUCCUUAGCUCUUUACGAUGACUGACUACAUGGCGCUAAUCACGAUAUUCUAAACCCCGUAAAGUUACAAGCCUUUAUCGAACCAGCAGUGUUUGUUUGCACGUAAUUUGCGUAGGAACUUUUAGUACCGUGACAUACAUGUCUUAUUGCCUUGAAGACCUUCUGAUUAUUUCUGAGUGUUUCGAACGACGCGUAACGUCGAGAGGAUCACGAGCGCAACGACGCAGAGAUGCUGAAAGGACUAGUCCAUGAAAAGAUAUUAAGCAAGAGGUCAACUAACCCAGAGAAAUUAUCAGUUGAGUGUCAGUAAUUCUGGGGCCGUAUCGGUUUGACUUCGUCCUGUGAUUGGAUUGGAACAUUCGCGCCACUCUCUUUUCAACUUUUAAGUUGGUUUCGGUGUUACAUAUUUCAGUUAGAAACCGCUCUAAUCUCCCAACUCAGUUGGAUUGAAUCAACAUCAUUGAGACGAUUGAAGUCGAUUCAAGAUAAUUUCUCAUAUUCAAUAUAUUUAAAGGAUAAGGACUCUGGCUUUAAUUUCAUAUGUUGGGUGGGUAUUUCAUAUCCCUGAAAUACUUCUUCCACAGUCUGCUAGAAUCCAACAUCGACAAGCUAUUUCGUAGUGCACUUAAGAAACUGAAUUAUCAGACGAUCCAUAGGAUGUAAACUUGUUGGGGGAAAAUCAGUGAUAGGCGGAUUUAAAUUUUUAUUUUUUUUCAGUGUAUAAAUUAUCAUCUUCGCGUAAAUAAACUUAAUCGGGGCAAGAAACGUUUCUUUGUUUGUUUCCUACUUUUUGUUCUUGUUUUUUUUUUUCUGAAGCGCCAUAAAUUUGCACAGCUUAAUGAGCCAGAUAUUUCGAGAGGGUCGGUCGCGUUUUAUCAGUCGCCUGACCACUCGAGUUACUAAAUGCUUCGAGAGAUUUUGGUCUAUUUCGCUCUGGAAAUCACGGCUACACUGGAAAAAAUAAUUAUGAAAACAUGGGGUUGUUUCUGACAACUGGUACUUAACGCAAGUUUUGCUUAAGAUGCGAAAGAAUCAUAUUGUUCAAAAAGUCGUUAUGACAAAAAAGUAAAAUUGA